ACACCUGCUGCUCAGAGUAGCCUCGCCACUUCCAUCUCUUGUUUAGCUGGGUACGCAGCGGGUACCAGUGACAGUUCCAAUGCAUGUGGAGUAUUAUAUCCAGCGGAACAUUCUGUGCCCUCCUUCUGUCCAUAGAUGCUCCAAUUCCUUCUCAGUCUCAAACAAAACCUCAUCCGGCGAACUGCGCCCGGUUCAAUCACCUCCAAGGGACCAAAUGCUGCAUGACUACGUGGAUGCAAAGGUUUAGCUGACUCAGUCUGACAGUGUACCAGCAGCACAGUUGGUCGCGACUCAUAGUUUGUUGGGGAUCGUCGGACAAUCGAGCUAUUUUCUCAUCGAGUUGCCGCAUGCACUGCUCUUAGGGCUAACCUCGCAACAUUCUGUUUACUCUCGGCUAGUUGGACUUCGCUACGUGUGGACUCGGCCAAAGUUAAUCAAUUUGCCGCCGAAAAGUCGUUAACAUUCUGGACUGUGACCAAAAACAAAUCACAGAGCACAGACGCGCGGAAGACAUGCACCAACUAAACUGAUGCGGUGUCACUCCAUCUCAUAAUCACUUUCGACCUCUGCCCUACACGAGAUUCAUCAAACAUCCAACACUAAUUAUCGUGCCUGAAGUUACGUUGUUCUCGCUCCAGUUUCAUCCAUUUGCCACGAUGUGACUCGAUUGGCUUUCCGAUCUCACAGAUGUACAUACAUUGCCGCUUCCUCACCGGGAAAUUUGCCUGCGCCAGUGUCGGGUAGUCAUUAAAAGGAAAGUGUACGCGCUGCCUCGCGUUUUCGUAUAUAAUAGACUGAGUUCAUGCUGUCACCCAACAUUCUACACGGUUCCUUCCUCUCAUCUUCAUCUGUUUAUUCCUCACACUCUCCUCACAAUGAGCAGCGGCGCUGUCAUUAAUCACCCUUGUAUCGUAUGCUGCAGACCCACCUCGAUGUGGUGUAGCCGAUGCCAGAGUGCUUGGUAUUGUUCUCCAGAACACCUCCAAGGCGACUGGCAACGUCAUCGCAGAGAGUGCAUUCCUGCUAGUGCAAACCAGCAAACGGUGAUUGCCACUCCCCCGCCUAUCCAAGAGCAGUUAAUCACUGUCUCUGCCAUCCUUUUCGUGGCCGAGGAAGAAAGGUCACGAAUUGUGCCCAUACAAUGUCGACCAGCGGGGCCCGGAUCGCCAAGCGCAUGCCCUGUACCUCUUGUGCACGAGUACUUCCUGGAGGGGCCUCCCAGCACCAUUGUUUUAACCACGGGCUUAAAUGGCGAGCCACUCAGGUUUCCCCUUCACAUAUUCUAUUGUCCAACUUCACUGCAACGUGGAGCGCCCAUAAACCGAGGUAUCUAUCGCAUUACCUCCGGAGCGGCCGCCAGACCUUGGUGCGGGACAGUUGUUGUCCUCAAAUUCAACGGUACUCGCCGUCAAGGUUAUUCCGAUGCUGGUGGAAAUGACCUGCCCGCCCUUUCCGCGUAUUUCCUCGCUUUCAAGUAGGAUGCCACUCACCAUAGAUGCUUCCAAAUUUCGAACCUAUUUAUCGCCCCAAGCGCGUGGGGAAGCCGAAUUUCUCAUUCUAAUUAUCUUCUUGUGUUCGUAUGACGUGUUGAAUCGAAUGACCCGUUUAUCUACUUCAUAGAGGCACAUUAGCGUAGCUGUCGCAGUUGAGUUAUGUAGGCACUCGUUAUGUGUGAUUGCUACUAGAGAUUGUAUUUUGUAUUUACAAACUGGACUAUAUCAUAACACAACAUUUCGAUUAAUUUGAGAUCGCCGCCGGCGAGAUGCUUGUGCCUUACACAUUGUCGCUCUUCGGCCUUGACAUCAUCGAGGAAAUAUAGACAUAUACCAAUC